AUGGAGGUCAGCUUGGUGUCGACGAUGGGCGAGCGUGGCCGCGAGGCCACGUGUGCGGCGCUGCACGGCGGGCUGCUGGUGCUGGGGUUCAGCGGCGGCGGCGUGGGCGCGUGGCGCUGGCGGGGCGGCCGCGGCUGGUCGCCCGCGGGCGAGGCGCGGCGCGCGCACCGCUACGGGACCACGGCCGUGAGCCUGGCGCCCGCCGGCGCGCUGCUGGCGUCCGCCGGCGUGGCGCGCGUGUGGGACGCGCGGGCCGGCCGCCCGCUGGGGCCCCGCGCGGCCCUGGCGGCGCCGCAGCCGGCCGCCGCGCGCGUCGUGCGCUGGGCCGCGGCGGGCGAGCGCCUGGCCGUGGGCUACGACGACGGCGCGCUGCGCGUGUGGCUGACGCGCUCCGCCACCGUGGCCGCGCUGCUGCUGGCCCACGAGGACGCCGUGCGCGCGCUCUGCCUGCUCGCCGACGAGGCCCUGCUGCUGACGGCGUGCGCCGGCGGGGUUCUCAAAGUGUUCGAUUUUCUUGAGGUAUGCGACGCGGCGGCGGAGGGCGGCGGCAGGCCCCGGCCUCUGUUCUGGGAGGACGGCGUGCACGAGCUCGGCGUGGUGUGCGCCGCGGACGACGGCGGCGGCGUGGCGGCCACGGGCGGCCACGACGGCCGGCUGCGGCUGUGGUCGGUCACAGAGCGCCGCGUGCUGCCGGGCCGCGCGCUCUGCGGACACUCGGGCGCAGUCACCGACUUGCAGUUCUCGGCAGAGCUGCUGGCGUCUGCCUCGAUGGACAGAACGGCGAGGAUCUGGUCCCCGGCGCGCGCCGCCUGUCUUAAAGUACUACACGGCCACACGGGGUAUCUGACGUGCCUCGCAAUAUCAAGUCAAGAGCCUUUCUUCCUUGUUACUGGUUCAAACGACAAUACCGUGCGCACGUGGUCUUCGGGCGGAGUCAGCGUGCCCGACGAAAUGGACGCGGCCUGUCCUGUACUCUCACACUUUGCUUUGGGUGACCUUGAGGGCAUAGGUCCAGUAGUAGAGGAGAGUGUUGCAGCAGCAGAAGUGGCCACCGCGGAUGGAGAGGCGAGACUCGUGUGGAGCGCGGACGGACACAGCGGGCCCGUCAACUGGCUCGCGGUCUCCGAGCGCCAUCUGGCUACUUGUGGCAGUGACGGUGCGGUGGUGUUGUACGAUCGGUGCACGGAGCGCGGGGAGAGCCCAGUGCGGCGGUGGCGCACGGUGGCCCACGUGUACCCGGCGCUCAGUGUGGAGUUGGCCCGCGGACAGCUGCUGGUGAGCGCGGGGCUGGACGGUCGCGUCGUGCUGCACGACCCUGAGCUGCUGGUGAGCGCGGGGCUGGACGGUCGCGUCGUGCUGCACGACCCUGAGUCCAGCGCGGAACUCAUGUCGGUAUGCGGUGACGCGGGCGCUGGCGUUCGUUGUGCGCGCGUGUCGCCUACGACGCCCGACCGACUGUUGCUGGCCUCGGAUACGGGGCCGGUGACUGCGUGGAACCUGCUCGAAGAUAGCGCUGCACCCGCUCAGUCGUUCUGUGUGCUGGAGGGCGGCGCCACGUGCUGCGCAUGGUCAAGAGACGCGUCUUUGGUGGCGGCGGGCGGUGGCUCCGGUGACCUGCGGCUGUUCGACGCGCGCUCAGAGGCCGCGACCACCUUCGACGAGUGUCCACCCGCGCUAUGGCAGCUCUCCGAAGCGCACGACCUUGGGGUUCUUAGUUGCGACUUUAGUUCAGUUUUGGGUUUCAUCAGCUCGGAAGAAGAAUGCCGUAACUACCUGCUGGCAACAGGAGGACGCGACGACCUCAUUAAACUGUGGACAGUCUUCAUCACGUCAGAGGAGCAGGGUCUGAAGGCGCGCGUGUCGCUGGCUCAGAGUGUUCGCGCACAUUGCGGUGGCGUACACUCUGUGCAAUGGUGGCGGCCACCCACAGCCGCCUCGUCCCUCCAUGACACUUCCCUCACCACCGCCAGCCUGGAGAUGCUCGCUAGCAGCGGAGACGACCACUGGGUGUACGGAAUGCGGCCGCUAGCGACGGGAGUGCCGGGUGCGGGCGGGGCGAGGUGUGCGGUGCUUAUGUCGCCCCGCCAUGUUGCGGUGGGCGCUCUGGACGGCUCCCUGCACGUGUGGCAGCUGCCACACGAGCCUCACCCACCCACCACCAGACUGCACCCACUGCCACGCUACUGGCGCUGCGAUGACGUCAUUCAGUGGCUGUCAGAAUACGUCAUACACCAUCCAGGGUCCCAGGUGGACGCAGCCGAAGCGGAGCGAAUGACGCAGGCCGCGCGCCGCCUCGCGCUCACGGGCGCUGCACUGCUGGAGCUGCCCGUUGAGCGCACCCUGCGCGACUUGCUGACCUCUGUCGACGAAUCACCUGACUGUGAAAACUCAUUGGUCGAAGAGCACACGGAAUGUGAUACUCUUGGAGAAGAGAACAGGCUGGUGGAGGGUGAAAUGGUGCCGGAGCCCACCGCUGGCUGCAGCGAGGUCCUCGGCACCGGGAGCGAGCUGCACAAGCGGCUGCGAGACGAGCUGCUGUGGCUGCGGUGGCCAGCCACGCCCGCGCCACAACAAGUGGAGCACUCCCUCCUGUGCGGCCUGACGCACCGCCCGUUGCGAGACCCGGUGCGGCUGGCGGACGGCUUCACGUACGAGCGGCGGGCGCUGUAUGAACAUCUGCUAGCACAGGACCUGCGGCACGAGAGUGCGGUGUCGCCGAUGACCAGACGUCAACUGGUGAGCGACGUUGUGUCUCCCAACCACCGCGUGCGUGACUUGCUGCGUAACGCUUGGGGCUACCGGGGCUCAUCAGCCUAACGAAACUCUCUAAGAAGAAAGCGAUUCACUCGAUUGUAAGAAACGUACAGUCAUCGAUAGAUUGACAGAUGACGACUAUAAUAUUGUAAAAAACAGAGAUAGCCGAAAUCCACUACGUUUUAAGCAACUGGGGGUCUACCAUGAACUCUUAUUACGUUUCAAUUGACAACCUAAAAUGAACUGCUUUGCUAUUUCGUAUCACGACGUCAUUAGAGCUAUCUAAUUUAGGUUGACGUCAAAUCAACUGAUUAAAUCGCAAUGAUGUCAAUUGAAUGUCAAAAAUGAUGUCAAUUGAAUCGCAAACUGAUUUAGUUCGUUCAUUAAUUCGUACCAUGAGGUAAUAUUUCAACCUAAACUGGGUAGCUUAUGUGUCAAAGUGAGCGAUUCGAAAAAAGUUACUGAUUCCUAAGAGGAAAGUGAAUCGUGUUGUUAAUAACUUUUAAAAAUAGUGAAAACAUAUGGAAAACGAAAAUUAUAUUGAUGGAAGAUUAGAUGAGAACUGAACUGAAAAUAAAUACCGAAAAUGAAAAUACUGGAGACGAGAAAGUAAGGGCCCGGGCUAUAGCCUGUUCGCAAGAACGAAAUGUACUCUGUGCUCCUGUCAAAUAAAACAUCAACGGAGGUGCGUUCAUAACUCGUUAUUUUUACGAAAACACCUAAGCAAACAUUUAAUUAGUAAUUCAAAGAACUAUGUAUAUUUAUAUUACUAUUAUUUAAUAAGUACA